GGCCGAUUGAUACAAAAUAUUUGACGUUGAUUACAAAAAUUUAGACAUUUAUAAAAGAGAAUUUUAUUGUUGUACUAAAAUUUUAGUAUCAGAAGGAUAUGAUGAAUGGAGGGUAGUGAUAUAUUAUUGGAAGGAAGAUGAAGAUGAAGAUGAAGAUGAAGAUGAAGAUGAGAUAGUGUAGGGGGGAUGCAAGAGGAGAAGUACAAGGGUGAGCAGAGCAGAGCAUCCUAUAAAUGGAAAACGGUUGGCGGAAACAUCGGAAGGAACGUGGGAGGGAGAGAGCUUUCUACUAAGGGACUAAGGUUACCCGAUCAUGAAGACAACCAAAGAGGCAUUGUUUCCUUUUCGGGCACGAACAAAAUAAUUAGCUCUCGCGCUCUCUCGCUGCCGUUUCGUUUCCCUGAACGCCUCACCAGUGUUCAGAUCCAUUUUGGUGAGUUUUAAGCGGCAGAGCAAGCGAGGGCCUUCAUAGUACGGUGUACGGAGAUUAGCACCACAUUUCUGGUUGUUGAUUUUUGCAGCCUCUCUUCUGCGAAUCUCAAAAAUGUGAUGUAUAAUCUCCCAGGGCAGACUAACCUUCUAGAGAUCAACCAGCCUUUAGCAUGCGCAGUAACUCUUCCUGCCUCCACGAGACGACUCUUCAAGAUGGCCGUAGCCGUUGAUCAAGCUCAUGGAUUCACGUCACUAGCUCGACCCCCUAGAUGUAAACGCAAGUCUUCCAGUAAGUUCGAUUACAAGAUGCUCAAUAUCAGUCAAUCCGAGCUCACACAGUCUCUGGAACAUGCCUUUAACUUCAGUUAUAUCCACAAGAGCUUCUCCACCCCGUGCCUGUCUCAUUCCUCUAGACCAGAAGAUGAUUCUGCUACCAAUCCAAGGAUCGAAAUCAUUGUGGGGCAUGAUGCCCCCCAAAUACACGCUCUGGUGGUUGAGGUUGCAGUAGCUAUGGCCUGUGGCGUCAACCCUGAGCCAGUGUCGAGUGGGCUUGGUGGUGCCUACUUUCUGCGUGCUAAAAACGGUGAUAGGAUAGCUGUUGCAAAGCCUGUAGAUGAGGAACCUCUAGCAUUCAACAACCCCAAAGGCUACACUGGACGGAUGUUGGGCCAACCGGGCAUGAAAAGUUCCAUCAGGAUAGGCGAAACAGGCCUUCGUGAAUCAGCUGCUUAUCUCCUUGACCAUGGUGGCUUUGCCGGUGUCCCUCCUACUGCAUUGGUCAAAUUUUCUCAUGUCCGGUUCAACUCAAAUAGUUCAGGAUCAAAUUCAAGCCCGCUUUAUAAGAUUGCGUCCCUUCAACGUUUCGUGGAUCAUGAUUCUGAUGCAGGAGAUAUGGGCCCUUCAACUUUCUCAGUCACGGAUGUACACCAUAUUGGGAUACUGGACAUAAGAUUGAUGAAUCUCGACCGACAUGCAGGAAACAUUCUUGUGAGGAAACAAAAUGAGAGUUAUGGCCGGGGAGAUGCUGAGCUAGUGCCAAUAGAUCAUGGAUAUUGCUUGCCGGAGUCGCUUGACGAUCCAUAUUUUGAGUGGCUGCAUUGGCCUCAGGCUUCAAUUCCUUUUUCAGAGAUUGCAGUCGACUACAUAUCCCGUCUCGAUCCAUAUAAAGAUGCGGAGCUGCUAAGAACUGAGCUUCCGUCAAUCAGGGAGUCUUCCAUUCGGGUUCUUGUGAUCUGUACGAUAUUCUUGAAGCAAGCAACGGCCUAUGGGUUGUCCCUUGCUGACAUGGGUGAAAUAAUGACUAGAGAAAUCAAUGGAGGAGAAGAAAAUUGGAGUGUGUUGGAGAACUUAUGCAUGAUUGCUAAAGCUCGCUUGAACAAUGGACUCACUGAUGAUAAUGUCAUCAAGAGUGAUCAUGGUGAAGAAGACAUUGAUGUAAGCCAUGAGGAUCGCCUCAAUCAAGAGUCUGAUGCCCCUCCUGUUUUUCACAACUCCCCGGCAAAAGGUUGCUUGAUAUCCCCGGUAGCAAACUACAAUCAUGAUGGGGAAGGCAUUUCUUUCGGGGACAUGGACAACGAUGAGUGGCACUCGUUCUUGGGCAUUUUCGAGAAGCUUUUGUCCAAAGCCUUUGAGAAAAGAACAUCCAUGGGCUUGUCAAACCAAAGGUUUGGAUCUUCUUGUGAAUUUUGAACAACAUAUGGAGUGGAAAAACUGCCUACAUUUGGUUAGCAUCAAAUAAUCAAUGUACACAUUAGAGUAUGAACACCCCGGAUAAAAUGCUUAAGACAGUCGAUUAAAAAACAUCAUAGAGUAGAAGGAAAAGGAAUAGGCAAGGCGCCAUCCUUUCCGAUGUAGGAUUUUGACCAGGUUUCGAUUCCUCACUUGCUUUUACCUUAAUUUCCCACUUCAUACAAUGUCCUGUUGUUUUGUCUAUAGAGCUCGAAAUUUUGUGUUGGUAUCGAACUUGGUGUUUUUUUUUUUUUUUUAAACAUAAGACCUUGUAAGUGAUACUCUACUAUUAUAGCAAAGCAUAAGCCAUAGGCCGAGGAUGUACAUACAGCCAUUGUCUUGAUGAAUAAAAUAUGUCUUAUGUUAUAAGGGGCUAAUACAAUACAAUGUCUCAAAGGACAUAUAGUACAGAGUUGAGCUUGCAGGUCUAGAUCUGAUUUGGACAUAGUCGCUUAGUUCCUUUUACUUUUGUUUUGUUAGUUGUAUUUGAGGUUUUAUGCUUGCAAAGGUUGUUAUGGAAGAUAUGAAUCUUUGGAUGUUUAUUCCUG